AAAAUUUUUUCUAUGAAUCACGUCUUAAAUUCUUAUUACUCAAUCUUAUAGGUAAUUUAAGGGUGGUGCCUUCAUAUUCAAAUAAGAUAUUUUUACAAAAAUGGGUUUGAAAAGCAGCGAAAUUAUUUUUGACAAUAAAUGGAAUACAUAUUACGCUGGUCAAACAGUUAAUGGAACAGUUAACUUAGUAUUUGACUCCCCAAAAACAGUUCGAGGAAUUAAAAUAGAAUUUAAAGGUGAAGCAAAUGUAAGUUGGCGUGAAACCGAAACUUUUGAACGAGAGCGGACAGAUAUCGAUGGUUCGAAAGAAGAACGACACCAAGAUUUAGAGGCACAUGAACAAUAUUUCAGUGUUGAAUAUUAUUUAUUGGGUGGAAAAACUGCUGAUGGUUCUACCGAACUAAAUGCUGGUCAACAUUCGUAUCCAUUUACGUGUGCAUUGCCUCCAACAUUACCAAGUUCAUUCGAGGGUGAAUUUGGUCAUAUUCGGUAUACGGUAAAAGUAACACUUGACAGGCCAUGGAAAUUCGAUCAAACAAUUAAAACCGCUUUCACUGUUGUAUCGGCUGUUGACUUAAAUUUAAAUUCAAGAGUUAAGGAACCAAUCAGAAAGGAAAUACAGAAAAACUUUUGCUGUUUCUGUUGUAAAUCUGGUCCAUUAUCAAUAACUGUUUCACUACCAUGUACAGGUUUUGUAUCCGGACAAACAGUACCAAUAACUUUAGAGUGUGAUAAUGCAUCGAAUGUUGAUGUGAAUGCUAUUGAAUUUGUAUUACGAAAGACGGUUUCAUUUCAUUCUGAAAUGCCACGACGAACCAAAAAGAUUGAGACGAUUAUUAGUCAAUUAAAUGCAGGACCAUUGGAGAGUCAUAAAUCGGAAAAUAUCCAACGGGAUAUAUUGAUUCCACCAUUACCACCAUCCAAUUUAACAAAUUGUUCGAUUAUUGAUUUAGAUUAUGAUAUAAAGAUUCAUGCUAAAACUUCAGGAUUUUAUUCUGGCGUUGAUAUAGAAAUUCCAAUAGUUCUUGGCACAAUACCGUUAACUCAGUCCAAUAGAGCAGGGGGUGAUAGUAAUAUUGGUUGGAAUAGUGCAAUUUCAAAUGGAGAUGAUUCAGCUAUGUUAACCCCACCACAUCAAUCACUAUACCCUGAUAUGCCGAUACCUACUUACGGGGAAAGUCAGUAUAAGGCAACUACAAUUCAAGAUAAAAAUGAUAAUGAGCAUACACGAUUUGGUGAGACUAAUUUUGCACCUAGGUAUCCAGUUUUUAAUUUUCAACCAUCGGCACCACCUCAAGAUUUAAUUCUUCUAUUCGUGGUAACUGUUAUAUACUUUAGUUUUUUUCUUAAAAUGGGUGUUAAAAAAUGUGAUAUUUUUUAUGAUAGUAAUUCGGCCUCUUAUUAUCCAGGCCAAACAAUAAAUGGAAAAUUAGAAUUUACAUUUGAUUCUCUACAAAAAUUUCGAGCAAUACAUAUCGAAUUCAAAGGUGAGGCAAAUACUUUCUGGAAUGAAAAUAAAAAACGAAAAAAUGCUAAUGGAGAGGAGGAAACCUAUAUUGUUCAUUACACUGGACAUGAAGAAUAUUUUAAUAUCCGAUACAAUUUAGCGGGUCAACAAGAACUUCCAGAAGGACUGCACUCGUUUCCAUUUACAUGUGCGUUACCACCUACGUUACCAAACUCAUUUGAGGGUGAAUGUGGAUAUGUACGAUACACAAUAAAAGUUGUUAUGGAUCGGCCUUGGAAAACCGAUCGUGAAUUUAAUUUUGAAUUUAGAAUCUUAUCGGUUGUUGAUCUAAAUAGAAAACCAGGAUUAAUUGAACCCGUUCAUAGAGAAGUAUGCGAAUCAUUUUGUUGCUGCUGCUGUGAAUCUGGCCCAUUUCAAAUGACAGUCACAUUACCAUGUUCCGGUUAUACACCCAACCAAAAAUUACCUAUUACAAUUGAUUGUGAUAAUGCGUCAAAUGUUCGAAUUAAAUAUUUGAAUAUAACAUUAGAAAGGUUAAUUACAUAUUAUGUACAUAAUCCCCAAAGGGAAUCAAAAACAAAAUCCAUAGAAAUAGCAGCUCAUUGUACUGAGGGUGUGGAAGAAGGUGAAAAUGCAAAGUUCGAAGAAGAACUUAUUAUACCAGAAAAUUGUCCUCCGUCUGAUCUCGAAAAUUGUUCGAUUAUAGACAUUUCUUACGCGUUACAGAUAAAGGCCAAAGUUGGUUCAUGUCAUGAAUCUCCAAAGUCUGUAAUAAAGAUCACUAUUGGUCAUAUUCCAAUAGAAGAAAAGAUUAACGAAUUAGGAGGAGGAAAAUGGGAACCUCCAGUUUUAAAUCCUGCUAUGCCAACGCCUGCACCACCAAGUGGAGUUAUUGGUUGGAAUCCUGACCAAACUACAAAUUCAACAAUGAAUUAUCCUCCUUCUCAAACAACUUAUCCCCCCACAAGUUCUCCUUAUCCUCCACCUACAAGCUCUCCGUAUCCUCCUCCUACAAGUUCUCCUUAUCCACCACCCACAAGUUCACCUUACCCUCCCCCUACAAGUUCUCCUUAUCCACCACCCACAAGUUCUCCUUACCCUCCCCCUACAAGUUCUCCUUAUCCACCUCCCAAUCAAUCGUAUCAACCACCUCCUUCUGAAAACCCAUAUUAUGUUCCCUCAAAUCCUCCAUAUCCUUCUUCAAAUCCGAAUUAUCCACCACCAUCAAAUACUCAGUACCCACCGCAAUCAAAUUCACCAUACCCACCAUCAAAUCCGCAGUAUCCUCCAUCAAAUAUUGGAUAUCCUGCUCCUAUGAAUCCCAGUUAUCCUGGUCAGGCACCACCAGUUCAAGGACAAUAUCCUUCUUAUCCGCCAUCUAAUCCGGGUAUGCCCCCAAGUGCACCACCUCCACAAUAAAACAUUACUUCUUUGUUAUUCAAUUAUUUUAUUUGACAGUCAUUAGAAUUUAUAUAAUCUAAACUACCUCACUAAAGUUAAAUAUUAUGGAUUUUCGUGAGGAUAUUUCAAGAAGAAACGUAAUUAAAGUUAUCUUAUUAACAUUUUAUUGAACUUACCGAGUUGUUCAAUCGUUAGAAUCAAUCAGAAGUUUAUUUUGAAACAUUCUCAUUAAAGCCUAAAUGAUAAUUUAAAAAGAAUUUUCUAAAGAAAUAAUUUUAAUCCAGCGUUCACGGUUAAGACUAAGAUUACAAACCAGUUAAUUCGAUCAAAAUGAGACAUCCGUAUGCGUUGGGUCUUAAAUUAAAAUAAACAUACUCUUACUACAGUCAAUUAAUAAGCACAAAAAUAAAAUUUGUGCCAAAAGCCAAGCCUUAAAGGCAUUUACCUAUUACAAAUAAUAGCAGUUUUUUAGUCCAUUUUUGCAACAUUUAUAAAUUCAUAGGAUUCUAAAAAUGGUUUUAA